AUGAAGUACGUCGCGACCUACCUCAUGCUCGUCCUCGGCGGGAACGAGUCCCCGUCGGCGGCCGACGUGACGACGGCGCUCGAGGCCGUCGGUGUCGAGGUCGACCAGGCGGACCUCGGGCGGCUCAUUUCGUCGAUGGAGGGCAAGGACCUCGCGGAGGUGCUCGCGGCGGGCAAGGAGAAGCUCGCCAAGUUCGGCGGCGGCGGCGGCGGCGGCGGCGGCGGUGGCGGCGGCGGCGGCGGCGGCGGCGACGCGCCCGCCGAGGAGGAGAAGAAGGAGGAGGAAGAGGAGGAGGAGAUCGACAUGGGCGGCGGCAUG